AACUCCGUACGGCCAACGGGAUUUCAUCAUCAUCAUCAUCGUCGUCGUCGUCGUCGUCAGCCUCAGCUGGUGCUUUGUUUCUUGGGCACUAGUGAUCAGAGAGGAUUCAUUUGUAGCCAUACAAGCCACAAUGGCGGAGCACGAGGGCCCCAAUCGGGACGACAGUGAUGAAUCAAUUCCUUGGAAACUCCAAGAUGCUCGACUUCACCCGUCGCCACGGCGUGCCUUGAUACACGUUCCAUCAUCUUACGCCCAUGAACCAACUCCCUUGAUAAUUGCCCUACACGGCAAAGGACAACAUCCCUCAGAGUUUGAGUAUCAUACUCAGCUUUCCAACGAAGAGACCAACCAGCGUGCAAUAGUGAUUUACCCAGAGGGAAUCAAUCUUCAAUGGACUGGAGAUCCAGAAGCUCCAUCGAGAAGUGAGGUGGACGACAUCUCCUUUAUCAACAUACUCAUCGAGCACGUCUCCAAGGACUUUGCCAUUCAUCCCGGCAGAAUCUAUGUCGUGGGCUUUUCCAAUGGCGGUGGCCUGGCUGCUCUAUUAGCGGGUGAUCCUGUUGCCUCAGCAAGUAUAGCGGCCUAUGCAAUCUCUUCAGGCGCCUUCUACCAGGAUGAAGCGUUGAAGGAGCCCUUGUUCAGCCAUCCAAGUCCUGCAAGGCUCCCGGUGCCGAUCUUGGAGUUCCAUGGCGAUUCUGAUCCAGUCGAGCACUACGAUGGAAAAGGCACGCCCGACGGUCCAAGCUACAACAUUCGGGACUAUGUCGAAAAGUGGGUCAAACUGAACAAAUGCAUCGAGGAGCCGAAGGUCCAAAAGCUCUUUGGUGGUAAGGCCGAGAAGAUCUCUUGGAGUUCGAAGAAUGCUGCAGAUGUCGUCCAGCAUUAUAAGAUUGCAGGCUUUGGGCAUGGCUGGCCCACAACUUACCCUCUGGACAACGACGAGCAAAGGCAUGGACCAACCAACUUUGACGCGACACCAGUAGCCCUGGAAUUUCUGAUGGGAUUUACUCUUAGAACAUGAGCCACCUAGAGAACACCUUGUU